AUGCCCACAAUGACACAACAUGCUCUGGAUCGUCGUCUACAUCGUCACUCCAAUGAUGAGCCGCAUGUUGAGGGUCGGAUAGGACGACGCUCCCUGACAGUCCCCUAUGGGAGUGGGGAGGCCAAUAAGGAGAACUUUGGGGUGCACUUUAUGAGCAGCCCGUUCGGCAACAGCAGCCUCAUUGCUCUGCAGGAUCUGAGCAAUGUGCAUGGCAAGAGUCCGCAGCGUCGCAGCUUCAGUGAGGGGAGCGGACCUCGUCAGGCGACGCCGCAGCGUGCCGCCGGAACACCACUGAUGGCGUUGCGUUGCCUGCCGGCGCGAACUGUCGCCGCUUUAGAGGACUCGCAGCUGUCGUCAUCCCGCAUGGGCGACACAACGCUGGAUCGCAUGCUGGAUGCCAUUAUAGAGUCAGCACGCAAGGAGGUGCGCUGUAAGUUUGUCACAGCACCAGUGUCAACGGUGACAACGACGGCCACGGCCACGCUCACGCCCACCACUACGGUUGAUGGGGAUUGGAGUGAGAGCAGUGUGCAUGAGAUGGAGGUGCGCACACCCACGCAUUUGAAGCGACAACGUGUGGUGCGUCGCAAGAACCAGCACAAGUCCGUGCAGCUGAAGGCAAACCCCAGAAAUACGCCCAUGCAGGAGCCGUCACUGCAUAGUACGAAGCGUUGUUUGAGCUUCUCCUCCAGCGGCACCUCAAGCGAUCUGGAGGAUGAGUUCAACGUGGGUGGGGACGAUAAACGCGGCUCCAUGGCAUCGGUGAGCAGUGGCGGCAGCAGUAGCGCUGGCGUCAGCAUUGCUAGCAGCGAGGGCAGUGGAAACAGAGGAGGUGGCGCUGGUGCCACACGCGGUAGCCUCGACUUGGCCACAACCUACAAUGCACAACAGCAGCAAUUAAAUGUACAUGUUAUACGCUGUCGGGAACUGCAGCGAGCUCACGGAUCGGGCGCCAUUAAUGCUUACGUCAAAGUGGCGCUAUCGGGCGGUACGCACAGCAGCAGAGGCUUUCAGCGCACCGCCGUGCAUCGGCAUUCGAGUCGUCCGUACUUCGAUCAGCGCUUCUGCUUUAAUGUACAGCCACAUGUGGCUCAGGCUGCGACGGUUCAACUGCAACUGGCUGUCUGGCAUCGGGAUCGCCAUUUAAAACGCAGUGAGUUCCUGGGCUGCAGCACCUUACCAUUGAGCGCCUUAUUGCAGCAGAACCAUAGCGGUUCCUUUAAAUUGCAGUCGCAGGCAUGCCUGAAUAAUUGUCGCAGCCAUCAAGCCGAACAGCAACAAGCGCCAAAAGAAACAGAAACAGAAACACGAACGGAAAUCGAAAUAGCAACACAAACACAAAGUCAACUAAAAGCAACAACAGCAUCACCGUCCAGUCCGCAGGAGAGGGAGGAGGAGCAGGAAGUUUCUCAGCCGAGAAGUUCCCAGAAUCGUCCCACAACUGUUAACAGCUCCUUGGCAACGGUGGCCAUUAUUUCCAAUAUGGCGACAACGGCGGCUCAACAGAAAACUAAUGCCAUUGUCUCCGUCUCUGCUGCAGUCAACGAUGACGUCAUUAGCAUUGAUACCAUGGCUGGUGCAGGGAACGGGGAUGAGCAACAGCAGCCAAUGGUGCUGAGCAAGAAGGCGUUACAUCAACGCGAUGCCGACGAGAAUUUAUUCUUGCGUUUCCUCGAACUUGACCCCCCAGCUGAUGGAAAUGCGAACACAAGUGGGGGCGCCACAGCAUCGAAUGAGAAAGGAGCUGGAAGUGGCAACAAUGUGAGCAGCGCCAAUGCAGCAAACGCCAAUCACAUGAACGGCAGCAGUGGAGGCAGCGGAAGGCGUUGCUCAACCGUCGCUGGAGUACGGCAGAGUGGCCGGACACCGUUUACGAUGACGAAGCGAUUGACGCGGACGGAGGAGCGCGGCUUUGGCUUCUCCAUUGUGUGGACACAUCCACCGCGAGUGGAGAAAGUGGAGGCGGGCUUGUCUGCCGAUCGCUGUGGCAUAUUGCCCGGCGACUAUGUUAUCUUUGUGGACAAACACAAUGUGGUCACAAUGCCCGAGGCUGAUGUUCUGAAUUUGAUACGAUCGCAGGGCUCGACCUUGACGUUGGAGAUUUUCAGAAGGUCAGGCGCGGGUGCCAGCACGGCCACGGCCACAAUAACGGGAUCCGCAUCGUUGGCAAGCAGCCAACAGCAGCAACACCACCAGCCCCAACAGCACACUCAGCGACCGACGCUGAUUGCUGGCAGCAGUGAGGAGCACACAAUGGCCACCAACACGACGCUCAUGAUGACGUCAACGACGGCACCGACAGUCCCAGCAACGCCUCUGCAACGUACCGGCAGCAACAGCGCAGCUCGUAUACUGGGGAAUAACAUGUCCCGACCGGCUACCGCCUGCUCCGGCACCACCUCGUCCAUUGAGGCCGCCAAACGGCGGCUCCACCUCCCGCAGGUCACGUUCAGCAAGGAGUCCAUUGUGCCCAUUACGGAUAAUCGUCGACGCUUUUUGCUGCAGCUUAUCAGUCGUGAGCAGAACUUCACCGUCGCUCUACACUUUGGUAUCCAGCGCUUUGUGCAGCCGCUGCAAGAGCGCAAAGAUCUCAUUUCGCCAAACGAUCAUCGCACGCUGUUCCAAAACAUUGACGAGCUGUUGCGCAUUUCGGAGGAUGUGCUGGAGCAGCUGUGUAGUAAUGAACAGGAUCAGGAGCCGCAUAUGAACUUCGCCUCACGCGUUUAUCUGUCUAAGACGACGGCGAUUUGUGCCGCCUACAAGAAAUACUGUAAUGGCAUCAAGCGUGCCGAUUGCGUGCUGGUUAAUAAGUCACGGCAGACGGGUUCGGAGUUUGUGGCCUUCAUUACAGAGCCGGCGGUGCCGCGCAAGCGACCCGAUCUCACAAUGUUUAUACAUCGACCGUUGCAGCAUUUUCGUGAGAUCUUAAAGCUGAUGCAGCUGUUGGCAAGCAACUGUCACGUGGAUACGGAGGAGCAUAAGAAUUUUACUACUGUGAUUGGUGAGCUGCAGGCUGCGUAUCGUGAGAUCACGGUCAGCAGUGGGUUGAUGGAGCCGCUGGGUGAGGGAAGGCCAUUGUUGACCUUGCAGGAUCUAGAAUCACGCAUGGUCUUCACGAAGUGCAAGCCCUUUACGUUGGCCGUGCAGGGACGUCAGUGGAUUUUUGGUGGCGACUUAUCACGCGUCGAAGGUCGGUCCAUAAAGCCCUACUGGACGUUGCUUUUUAGCGACAUCAUUGUCUUUGCCAAGGUUAGUCGUGAUCGUGUCCUGUUCAUCACUGAGGAACCCAUACCCAUUGCCAAUGUGGUGGACUCCUGCUUUCAUAUGCGCAAGAAAACUACCGAAUUCCGUUUGACGGUGGAUCCUAACGGCCGUCUGGCCGAAAGUCCGACGGGCUAUUGCGCGCCGGACUUGACGCGGACACCCAAACGAGGCGCCCGCCGUAAAAGUCUUAUCCUGCGUGCCCCAUCACUGGAACUUAAGGCCGUUUGGCAAAAUCUGCUACAACGUCAAAUCUUUCUUGUGAAUGCAGCCCUGGGCUCCACACCGCUAUCCAGCCCGUUGGACUCGCCCGACGUACUGAACACUCUAGUGCCUCUUAGCGACAUCGGCCUCACCUCGGCCUCCAUGGGAUCUAAGCUCCCCUCGCUGGACAGCAUCAAUUUGAAGCAACAGAAACAGCAGCAGCGUAGUGGCCACGCCCAUGCCCAAAAUCAUGGGCAUGCCGUCGAACAGAUCGAGCUGCUGAUCGAUGAGAAAUGCCGCAUCCUAAACAAGACCGGCACACCCAAGUCCAGUGCCCUGCAUCUGGCCAACUGGAUGAAGGGUCAGCUGGACAAGCAACAGCAGCAGGCACGCUUGGCGGCCAUUGCCCGCUCCCGCGAGAACAUAAGCGCCGAGGAUGAGCAGCUGAUCUUCAAUAGCGACAGCGAGCAGGACGAACGAAUCACCUAUUGGACGCGACAACAGCUGGAGAAGCGUACCAAGGAGCUGAAUCUAUCCAAGGAGAAUGGUUGCUUGUCGGCUAAGCCAAAUUUCGGGGGCAAGCGCUUGAGCGGUGUCGAGGAGCUUAGUAUGAGCGCCACCUCGGACAUUUACUCGGAGGAUGGGCCCAGCCAGAUCAGUCAGUCGCACAGCACAACGUCGGACAGCCAGAUCACAGUACGCUCGAGUCCCAUUGUGCUUGACAAGCUCGCUGUGUGCCGGCAUUGCCAUAAGAAUUGCCAACAGAGUGCUGCGGGUGGCGGGGGCAGCGGUGCAGGUGCUCGUACGGGUGCAGGUUCCGGAGGCAAUGCGGGCAGUGCGACUUCUGUGCUCGUGUGCAACUCACUCAAGGUGCAGCACAGCCAGUCGUCGCCUAAUCGCUGCUGCAAGCUGAAUGGCAAUGCAACCGGCACAGGCACCGGUACGGGUACUGGCACAGGGAGCGGUAGUCGCGCCGGCAGCGUCACCAGCAUCUCGUCCAGCACCAUCACUGGCGAACAGUUCAGCGAGCUGUCAUCCAAAGUAGUGGCUAGCAGCAGUCGUCGCGAGACCGGCGACACCGAAAGCGAUGUGGCUCAACUAAUCACCGAUGAAUUGUCCCAAUCAGAGGCGACAGAUGACAGUGUCGGAGCCAUGCCCAACAGCAGCAGCAGCGCCGGAGACGGACACACCAAACUACGAGUUUUAGAGCAACAGUCAGCGCCAGCGCCAGCGCCAGCAGCGAUUGUAACAUCAUCGAUAGCGCCCACAUCCACGGCCGCGCCUCUAGCCAACGGUCAUUGCUCGGCAGCAGAAAAGCCGCAGCCACCGCCACGAAAAACACGUAUCUCGGCACAGCUGAUCAAAGAACCACCUCGGGCCAAUCAACAGGUAAAGGCCAUUGUAACGAUCACGGAAACGGCACGCAUUAUGCGCAGCAACGAGACGCGCGCAGUUACGGGGUCGGGGUCGCCACAACGUAGCCCCAGAAAGACGACGACCACGGCGACGACGACGUCAUCAACAACGAGCAGCAGCAAUAGCUCUCCCAAGCAAACAGCAGCCAGACACACCGCCUGCCAUUGCCGCUGCACUCCAGAGGAUUUCACGCACGCCAACAUCGCCGCCGACAAAAUGGAACAGCAGACCUGCAAGCUCAUCGAGUCACCCAAACAAAUGGCCGGCAGACGAUGUGUGUGCACUGAGAAGCAAACAGAGCGGCAGGAGGAUGAGCAGUUGUCCCUCAUGCUCAUCGGCCUAGCACAAUUCGCACCAGCGGCCAAACUAUGUGGGGGUCAGCAAACAGUCACAUCGCGCCCACCUGCGAUCACCCUAAACGAUGGCAGCCGCACGCCAACGGAUGCAAACUUUGUGCCAACCAUUGCGGUGGUGCCACCCACACCGGACGCGGUGCUUACCAAGACCAGCACCCAUGUGUGGGACAAUAGCUGUGGGGCAGGUACUACGGGCAGUGGCUCAACUCACAUAACCACUAUGACAACUACCUCCACAACUGUGAAGUUGCCCCGUCAGGCCAUCAUUGAGAAUAUACCAGAUGACUCGUGCGAUGAGUCCCCACUGGAGGAAGAGCCACCUUAUAAGCCCAUGACAAAUGCCUUGCGGCGUUUUGGCACCAUGUCCAGUCUAGAGAAGUUGCCCUCCGACGAUCGCAUGGACGAGGCCGAUGAGUUGGACGACGAAGAGCUGGAUGACUAUGCGCCCAAUGGCUUGGACAACGACGAUGUUGAUGGUGAUGGUGAUGAUGAUGAUGAUGAUGAUGACGACGAUGAUGACGAAGACGAUGCUCUGGCAGACAAAGCAUUGGCCCAUAAUCUAGAAAAUGUGCCCUGCACCUCCAACUCAUCAAACUCCAUGGCUCCCCUGGAGCAUACGGUGAUUACGGCCAAUGGUGACAUUCUGACUAUUGGCAGCGGUGCCUGGACGAAUCGAGCUGGCGCCUUUGUCAGCGACAAAAUGUCUUUUUUCGAGGAGUCGCGUGCCUUCAUUGAUAAGUAUUUGGGACGUUGGAACGCCAAUGAUGGGCAGCAGCAGCAGGAGUUGAGCAAACAACAAGGAACGGCCUCUGAGACUGAUGAACAGCUGGACGAGUGCACAUCGGGUGCCACCAGUGGUGAGGAGGUGUGGGGCACCCCCACCAGUGGUGGCGAAAACGAUGAUAUGCAGCUGAUAAAUUCGGAAAAUACGCACUCGUCGCCUACCAAGUCGAGCACAUCGCUGAAUGAUGAUGAUGACACGGAGCUUAUGAUGGACGAGCUGCUUAUGGCACCACCAAUGACCGCGAGCACCAUUCGGGGAUUGCUGCCACGACGUCGCCUUGAGCCACUGUUUGAGGAGGAGACCGAAAGCGAUGAAGAGAAAACGCAGCAGGAUAGCGAUGACAUCAAAAAGGGGGAAGCAACGACAAAUGGCCACUACCUAGAGGAUUUGGCUGGAAGUUCAAGCGACGAAGUAGCACCUCAUCGUGCGGGGGAGAAGGAGGAGGAGGAGGAGGAGGACGAGGAGGAGCCACAUUCGAGCGAGGAACGUUUACAGCCGAAUUUGGCGACGAGUACACUGGGGCCUCGACCCUUGAUCAAGCCCAUACUCACUACUACGGUGCUGCCCACCACCUCAAUAACCACACAGAUGGCGGUACCAGUAAUAGCACCACCUCCGGUAUCAUCUUGCGAGUAUCUACUCGAACAGCGACGCGUUACAGAGCCAUCGGCAAUGACGAGGACGACGAUGACGACCACGACAACGACCACAAUGAUAAUGACGACGACAACGACAACGAUGGCGACGAUGAUACCGACGAGUACUACGGUGAUGCCGACUAUACCGUCGACUACAGUGACAGUGUCGAUACAGACGCCAUUGCCGUUACCGUUGCCGCCAACAACCUCAGCCUUGGCAUCCACAAUGUCAGCCGCAUCGAUGACGACGACCAUGGUGAGUCGAGCUCCUUCAUCGACUUCUACAACAAUCAGCAGCGGGAGCGGCAUUAUCAGCAACGCCGGCAGAGCCAGCGCACGGCCACCGAAAUUCAUACCACCACCGCCACCGCCUCGACGUCUGCUCUUAACGCAGACAAAUCUAAGCGCUGCAGCGGCCAAAGCGCGCCAACCUCACGAAAAAUCUGGCGCUAUUGCUGACAGUGGCUGCUCGGCGGCUGCCGACGACGUCGCCAGCGGUUCGCCCAAAACCGAUAUCGCGUCAAGGACAAUGCCUGCGAGUACCAAGCCCUCUGCGCCGGCAACAGCAGUGGCGCUCAUCCAAAAACGCCCAUCCUCAACGAUAAUCGAGACCUGCCUGCUGGGGGCCGCAGUGCCAGCGGCGUCAGCGCCAAAGCCCAUCUCAGUCACUUCAUCAGCAACAGCCUCGAGGAUGGCAAAAGCGAUGCCGCGGACGAGCGGCUCGGCGAGCAGCCAAGCUGUAGUGGACGACGUGGUGGGGGCACCACUCGCAAGCACACGCUCGGCCGCUGCCCCAGCGCCGCACGCUGGUUGCGGUUUAAGUCCAAGGCUGGAAAUGCGUCUAGCACUCAACCACGACAUCCUAGGGGACGAGGACUUGAUUUGUUACGAGCCUGGUCCAGAUCUAACAACUAUUCUGGGGCACGACCUCUCCACAUUUCAUCGUCUGACGGGUCGCGAUUUAUUGAGUCGUUCUGCCACGAAUCGGGUACAGCCAAGAGAGGCUGUCAUAUCGUACUCUCAACAACGCAACUCAAAGAUGGACACGCCGACGGUGAAUCGGCGGCCACGUCCGCUGGUGGCAUCGGCGGCACCACACAGCAGCCACAGCAGCAGCAGCCACGGCAGUCCGCGAGGCGGUGGUUCAGUUCGUGCCGUCGCCGAUCGUCAGCAUCCGCAGCCAAGUCUAAAUACAUGGAGCAGCUCUGCAUUUGCGGAUCGAGUAGGCGGCGGGAGCGGAAGCGGCGUCGCCAGCAGCACAAAUUACAGUUACAGCAGCGGCGUGAACAAAUUAGGCGAUCUGGAAAUCUUAGCGAGACGCGAGAAGAUAUAUUGCAUGUCUCAAUCGAAGAGUGGCUCUCAAGUCAGGGAGACAUCAAUGACGACAACAACAACAACGACGACGACGAUGGCAACGAGACACGGCUGUUCCUUGCCGAGCCGAGCAACAACACCAGCGGCAGCAGCAGCCUCUCUGACGAGGACGAUGAGUACUACUUCGAUGGAUGCAGCAGUGGCAACAACAACAACAACAGCAACAACGACUGAAGCGUUGACCGCAUCCAGCAUCGAGAUGGAUGCAUACAAGUCCAAUCGUUUAAUCAAUUUCAUAAAGCGCCGCAACUCUGAGAUAACAGCCAGCAGUAGCAGCACCACCAACUACUCUGAUAGCGCACUCAAUGAGCAGCCGGCCACUAGCCAGAGCAGUCUGCUAAUGCAGAAGCCGUCGACGGCAGGCGGCAAUGCGGCGGAAAUGGCCCAAAUGUCGCCGCGCAAGGAUAAUGAUAAGCCCUCGCUAAAUCGACGCUUGUGGAAACAGAUAACGAAACGACGUCGCACCAACUCCGUAUCCCAAAUUGUUGCGGGCUGAAGAAGUGGCGAUGCAGCCCCGAAAUCUCGUGAAAUUGCAGUUGCAGUUUAUCACUCAAACACCUAUACACACACACACAUAUUCGUACACACAGACACACCAUAGGCCAAAUGUUUAGGUGCACCUUUUGAGUAGCGCAAGUAUAGAUAGGUCUGGAUAACGAUAGAGAGUUUUUGUCUUUGGCUGCUGUGUGAUCUUUUUAAAUGUAUUUUAGUGCAAUAAUAUGUGUUUCUAUAUACUUGUACUUAGGUUUAUCGUUUAGGUUUUAACAUUUAGUUCAAUUUUUAGCAUUAAAUACCGUUACGCCGCAAAGUAUGCUAUAAUAAGUUGAAAUGAGCUCGCCCCAACACCGAGAGAGAAGGAAGUAAGAAGCUGCGAAUCGGUGUUAGCGACAAAAAAAAAACACAUACAUACAAUGGACUGGUAUUUUUUAGCUGUAGUAACAGCAAACUAAACAGCAAACAACUAUGUAAAAUGUACGUUUACUUAAUCUUUUGAUACUACUUCGUAGCUAGUACAAAAAAAAAACGAAAAGAAAAUUGAAAAAGAACAAAAAAGCUAACAAAAAUCAGCUAAUACACAAUGAAACCGUUUGAUCGUUUAAUACAAUAUCUAUUCGAUGACUCGAAUGAUUUAAGCCGAUCUACUAUAGACGUCCAUUUACGUCCAAACGCAUGCGCCAACGAUACUCCUGCCAACUGCUGGGCUCUAAAUGCGGGCAUAUAUCGCACAGGUGUGCAGUCUAUAUAUUAACUAUAUAACUUUAAGCCAAACAAACAACCAAAUAUAACGACGAGAAUCAAGCAACAAAAUCAUUCAGAUAUGUACGCAACAACGAAAUGGCAGCAAGGCAGAGAUUUAAGAUCACAAAUGCGAGUACAUCAAACUAUUAGAGCCCUGCAUGUGCGCAAAUCGAACUCUGAAUUCCUAUUAAAGCACUGUUCAAUUGUUUUUAAUAACGAAGGAAUGCAAACAAACACUUUGUCUACAAUUCAACAACAGAAAGUUGAUAAAAAAAAGUCAUGUUUUGACUCCUAGUUUGAAUCACGCUUUGAAUGAUCGUUACUUUAGUUAAGUAAUUUACAUAGUCAACUUUUCGUUGGAGGCAUACGUCUCUACAUAACUAACUAAGAAUUCUUUUCUUAAAAUUGUGGUGAAUAAGAGUUAUUAUUUUAAUAUUUCAUGGUUACAAGGAGAAGUUAAAAACGAACAAAACUAAUGAAUAUCAGGUUCAGCAUGAGAGUGUUUUAAUAACAAUUUUCAAACUUGGAAUACCUAAACAUUAUUUUAAUCUAAAUGGCAAAAAUGUUUCAUACUAUCACCAACUACCAGUACUUUAUGAAACAAGUUGAUUCCAAACAGAGUUCUUAAUGACUUCACUCAUGCAGGACUUUAUUGUGCAGAUGCCAAGAGUAAACUAACUAGUACAUAGAAACAUACAUGAGUACAUAUGUAAAUAUAUGCAUAUAUGGCCCGUUUGGCAGUCCACUUCAAACUUAGCGCAGUGUAUAUCGAAUACACUCACUGAUACACUAAUUUACACAGAGACUCAACAAUAGAAAGUCCAGCCAAAUUAGCAAACAUUGUAAGAACAAAUGAGCAUACAUAUUAAAUAUGUACACACACAUACAAAUACACACAUGCAGACACAAGCACACUUGAAUACUUUAAAACAAUACAUGCAUAUACAUACGAGUAGUAUAUAUUUUUAGGGCGCUUAGCAAAGCAUCAGAUUGGAAAGUCAAAUUAGUUGAUUAGCAAGGGAUUUUAUGAUUUGUAAUCAUUGAUUUUUAAAUUAUACAUACAAUGAAAUUGCCUUACGUAUAAUUAUACUAUUAUAUACAUAAAUAUAUAUAUAUACACGUACUAUAUUUGUAGCUUAAAUGGAGAGGCAUACGUUUAUACAUUUUAUGGCAUAUUUGGCAAUUGGCAUUGUCUUGGUAUCGUGUAUUGGCUGCGACAACAAAUUUUAACAGUAAUUCCAAUUACAAUUUAAAUUUUUCUCUAAUAACUAACAUUUUGUUCACAUAAUGACAUUACAUACAUACAUACAUAUAUAUACAUAUACAUAGACAUAUGUACACGUGCAUUUUGUAGUUUAUUUCACAUUGAAAUUGUU